CGCUUCCGGUGCGCGCUGCAUUGUGGGUCAGUGGUAGCCGGGAUGGUGGGGGAGGUGGAAGAGGCCGAGUUUCCCGAGCGGUUCCGCUCCUACUCGGAGAACGAGAGGCACUGGCAGGCCCGCCGCGAGUUCAUCCUGCGGAACCUGACCCCGGACUGGGCGGGGGAAGCGCCAUGGCCCGCUGGCCGCAUCGACCAUCUGCUCUCGCUCUCCAUGGUGUGGGCCAACCAUCUCUUCCUGGGCUGCAGUUACAGCAAAGACCUUUUAGACAAGGUAAUAGAAAUGGCUGAGGGGAUUGAAGUUGAAGAUGUACCACAGUUUACUACGCGUGAUGAAAUAAUGAAAAAGCAUCAACAUUAAUACGUGCGAAGAAGAGAUCUAAAAUUUUUGUCAUAAUACAAGAUCAGUUUAUGUGGAGGACCCAGUGUUAAUUGAACAUACUGUUUCUAAAAGGACUCCCUAUGCUGUACCCUAGGGAAAGGAUUUUUUUUUAAACUUUGUGCCAUUAUGAUGAUGGAUAUCCACUUCCAAAGCUUUUUAAAAUGACAGAAUCAGAUUUUUUAAACAAUUUUACAACUCAUUGAUUCAUACAGCAAAGAAAAAGAUAUGAUGGACUGUAUUUUCCCCUUUCACAUGAAGACAGGGAAGAGCAAUAACUCCCAGAAAAGAGGGGGGAGGUCUGGGGAGCUGCAGCAUCCCCUCUUGUUUGAGUACAAUUCUGUGUAAUGACCAAUGAGUCCAAUUUAGGAUGAGAGGCCAUGGGGAAUACUUGCCUCAAAGCACACACCCACUUAGGACAGCAGGGGCUUACACUUCACUCUCAGUUGAAAGUAAGGGGAUGUUAUAAGGCUGUUUAGACCAUUGACGGAUAUUGUUACCCAGGUUUCAUUCUGUGUAACAGGGGAAAGGGAGGGCAUGGUGCACAAAGUGGUCAUUACUCUGCUCUUCCCCUUCUCCUAUAUGCAACUUAGAUGGGUCUGUGGUGAUGGCAAAUGUCCCAAUUAGCUGAUUUUCCCCUUUGCAUGCCUGCAUCACUCUUCCCCAGAGUUUCUCUCUACUGCAGGGGAACCCUAGGAGUCUAAAAGUAACACAGAAUAUUCUGUCUUUUAAAAGUCUUAAAAAUAAAGUGUUUUAUGCCACAUUUUUAAAGUCUUUAGAAGGCCUAAUAACUGUGUCCAUUCAGUCAUUAGAAUGAAAAUUUCAGUCAUGAAAUCUGGAUAACUCUUUUGAUUUUUAGCAAUAAAACCAUGUUCCUUUCAUGUAAAGUGAAUUCCCUCUCUUGAAGCUUUAUUUAGAUAAAACAUAUCUACUGCUGUUCUGUCAGGAUCUGAUCCAAAGCCCAUCGGAAUCAAGGCCCCAGAAUGCUUUAAAUUAGUAAUCUUCCAAAUGAAUAACAAUUGCCAUAGAUAUGUUCACCUGUAUCUUGUAAUCUCUGGGAAAUGUCAGGGGAAAUGCUGAAGGUUUCAUCUGAACAGAGGCUUAAAUAGCGUAAGUGCCAGACCAGUAAUCAGAUCAGUUACCAAAAGCAUUGCCUCCACUGAUAAAUUGCCUUUCUGGAAAGCCCCUUCCAAUCCCCAUGGAGUUACAGUAGCCAUUUCAUAAAUGAGGUCAAGAUCCUUUGUGCUCUGGACCUAAACAAUGGGUUUUGUGGUACAGCAGACUGAACAUUCUGCAGUAGCUUUAUUUACAUUUAAAACUGAAUGAAUGUUUUAUUGCAUUAAAUAUAAAAAUGAAUACAAUCACUACAG